CACACACACACACACACACUCCUGUAGUACUUCCUUCCCCUAGCUGGCUGACUUAUCUGUCAGACAGUCCGGCCUAGACAACAAGCCGAAGCUUUUCUGCUGGCUGGGCGAUUUUCCCGCUAACAUUUGAGAUGGAGAUGGAAUCCACAACAUAUGAUUAUGACGACGGCAAUGAAUCGUCCACAUCAAUCCCACCAUGUAUUUUUGACGGUGUCAACUAUCUGGGAGCUCAGCUAUCCAUCCUCUUUUACUUUAUGUUUGCCUUCAGUCUCUUUGGCAAUGGGCUGGUCCUGGUCAUCAUCCAUCGGUUUGAGAAGCUGACCACUGUGACCAACAUCUUGCUGCUGAACCUGGUGGUGUCCUCCCUGAUCUUCAUGAGCAGCCUUCCCUUCUUGGGAGUCUACUCGCAGCUCUCCUACUGGAUCUUCGGCAAGUUCAUGUGCAAGAUUGUUGGCACCGUCUACUAUCUGGGCUUCUACAGUUCUGUCCUCUUUCUAACUCUUUUGACCUUCGACAGACACCUUGCAGUUGUGUACUCCUUGGGCGCACCGCAAAUCAGGAGUCAAAGAUAUGCGGUAUUGUCCUGCGCUGUAGUGUGGCUUGUCAGCGGCCUGGCGUGCAUCAGGCCGAUGAUUCUCCACACCACUUUCACACAUAUGGAAAACAUGACAUACUGUCAGGACUUUCCUGGUGACCUAACGUUUUUAAAUGUAAAGCUGCUGAGAAGAUCUGGUUUUUACCUUCAGCUUAUCCUUUUCUUGAUCAUUCCUCUGGCUGUUAUUAUCUACUGCUACGUUAGGAUUGCUAUCACUGUCAUGUCAUCCAGGAUAGUUGCCAAGUUCAAGACAGUCAGGUUAAUAUUUUUCAUUGUCCUGAUGUUUUUUAUGUGCUGGACCCCAUUCAACAUUGUAUUGCUAAUGCAGGAAAAUACCUCAGAAAACUGUGAGGAAACGAAGAAAUUGGCUUAUGCUCUUCACGUCACUCGUGUCUUUGCCUACAUUUACUUUUGCAUCAGUCCAAUCUUCUACACAUUUGUUGGAAAAAAGUUCCAGAACUAUUUCAGACAGAUGCUGGUGAAAUGUUUUCCGGGGUUAAAAAAGCAUGUUUCGGUCAGUCAACAAAGCAGAACCAAUAUGUCUACAAGAAGUACACCCAAUGACUUGUAAGAAUGGCCUGCCAUGUGUUCAACAAACAAAUGAAGUGCUGUUAGUGUUGUUUUUGGAUUGUCAAGGUUUAGGGUAAUGAAAUACAUAAGUAGUGAUUUAGUCUUGCCUAUUAAAUCUGAAAUAACAGAUUUUUGUGUUCCAUCCUAUUGAGAAACAAAUAUGUGCUUGUAUAACAAUUUCUCAGGGACAUACUGAUUAAUAUUUUCUUAGCAGUGUUGCUUAUUUCACCGUUCUCAAGCUGUUGACAUGUUUUGAAAGUUAGUCGUCAAAGUCUUUUCCAAAUUGAACCUCCUGUCACCUCUUUAAAGGGCAACUAUUAUAUAGCAUUUAUAGCUUAAUACUUGCAUUUUGUAUUUGUACUAGAACAUGUUUUCAUGCCUCAAUGUUCAAAAACACUUUAUCUUUCUCAUACUGCCCAUGGCUGCUGCACCUGUCUUCACCCUCUGUCUGAGAUGCUCACUGUUGUUUCACUAGUAGCAGCUAGAGCUACUGCAACAGAGCAUAUAGCAGGACUGUUCUGUGAAAAAUCUUGAAUAAAGGCUUCUAAACCAAAUACUACACAACCGGACAUGUCCCAGCAGUAAUGUUACCCAAAAUUGGGGAGAAAUUACCAACAUUAUACUUUAUAUAUAUAUAUAGAUUACGAAGUUUUGGCCAUGUUUUAUAUAAAAAUCGAACAUUAUAACAUUGUAGAAAAGCAUAAUUUGUCCCCUUUGAACAACCCAUGUUAAUGUAGACUAGAUAGGCAAGUUUAGCUGAGCUGUUGGAAAAGAUGGUUCCCUACAGAAAAACACAACACUCUUUUUGCCUUUCUUUUUGACUUCUUUUUUGUCUCACGAGUGUGGGUUGUUGUUGGUGUAAGAACUAACUAGAGUUACAAUAUAGCAGCAUUAACUGUGGCCAACUGACUCUGUUAGUCUGACAGUAGAGUAUCUCAUAGAAAAUCCAUAUAUAGUGCGCUUCUCUAGAACCAUGAAUCAAGUGUGUACACUCACUGUCCAGUCAUUUUCCACAUGGCUGGCUUGUGACUAUUUGUUUGAUUUUGUCCAUGUAGUGUCUUAUGUGAAAAAUGUUCUUUAUAAAAUUGAUUUUAAAUAAUGUAAAAAGACAGUUGAUUAUGAAGUAUUGUGGUGAUUGAUUUAUUGUCCAAGUUUUAUAAGAAGCACAUUAAGAUGAGAGCUGCACCAAAAAAGGGAGGUAAACGCUUCAUGAUUGGUUGGUUUUUGAUUGAGUCGGCUCUUGCAAAUUGUAAAUAUAAGCUGCUUGAUUAAAUCAAACCUUUGAAUCAG